CUUCCACAGCAGGUCCCUAGAGCCUUGAAUCUUGGUACUUUUUUACAUUUCCUGUAUUAGCUACCACAUUCAAGACCUGGUUGCCCAACCUACUAUGCAUUAACGCACCAGCCUACCAUGCUACAAGAGAAAACUUGGCUGGGGAAGCUCACAGGCUUGCUGUCAGACUUAACUUCAUAUACAGAGUUCUUGAAUUUGAAAUGGCCGAAAAUUGAUGUGUGUUGAUGUCAUCCAUAUAAUCGCAUCAACACAACCUACUAGUAUUUAUGAUUCAAUGAACAAAGACGUCUGUACAUACUAUAGAGCCUUCUGAUGUUAUUGAAAAAUGAAUCUUAGAAAUCAUACUUUAGUUCUUGAUUCCUGACGCCAUGUAAUGAAGUUAAUUUCCACUCAUGAUGUCAUAGAAAAGAGUGUUUAUUUUGUACAAACUUACUGUUUACUCAUUUUAUGGCACUGUUAUGGCUGAAUGUAAUCAGGAAAUGUUGAAUUUUGGUGACAUAAAUAUUUUAACACUUGACGCCAAUCUUAAUUACGUGGCUCUUGUGGUAAAACAUGGUGUUGAACUUCAUAUCUCCAUCAAGUCAGUUGAAGCAGAGCUCAUGUUCCUGAACACCACAAUACCAGCGGACAUAGCAAGUACCAGUACGUACCAACACAAAGGGACAGUCUCGGAAAUUCUGCCGUCUCCAAAACUGGAGGAACAAGAACAGCCAAGUGAAGCCACGCCUCCUCUGAUGCCAUGUCCUAUACUUGAGCUGUGCUCUGAACUCCCAAAUAUGGUCAUCAAGCCUCCUUACAUCAUCCAAACUCUUGGCUAUGGAAAACAGCUACAUCCACCAAUGAAGAUUUGUAAUGUGGCACAACAGGGUGUGAAUGCAGAAUACAACUCUCUGUUCAUCAAGUUUCUCAGCCUCAACCUUUCUGCAGGUGACGUCUUAUUGCUCAAUGCUGGAAAAGGUCAUCGCUUAACCUCGAAAUCAAACAAACUCGAAACAAUUGAGUUGGCCGGAUUGUCCUUCAGUAUCAUCUUCUACCCUGCAAAAAAGAGGGACCGACGAUUGACAGGAUUUCAGAUGCUGGUGUAUGCAGACAACACUUCGCAGACCCAUGUGGAAUAUUGUAUCAGCAGGGCCCUGUCAACAACAACAAUCUCCCCAAAACAAUAAGGCCUUGAUUUCUUUUCACACUGACUUGAUUAUAAGGGUGCCAUGCCCCCCAAAUUGUGUGACCAUACUGUAAACUGUAAAAAAAAAAGCUGCAUAAGAAGCAAAUUUUUUUCUUUAAGUUGCCCAUAACUAUUGAAUGUGAAGUCGCGUGGCGCAGUGGCGGCAUUUGUGCCUCGUGACCGAGAGGUUGCUGGUUAGAAUCCGACUGCAUGUCACCAAUCUUGUGCCCUUGGGAAAG